CCAGGGUUGGGUGCUGAGGAAUUGUUUGGGCUGAGUCGUACAGCUUUAGCUAGUCAUUGAGAAGUAAUUUCGAAUUGUAUUUUGUAUUCAGUUUUUGGAGUAUAUUUUCAUAUCAGUUAGCUAGCGAAAUGCCUGGAAUUGAUAAAUUGCCGAUAGAAGAAACAUUGGAGGACAGCCCGCAGACGCGCUCCUUGCUGGGUGUUUUUGAGGAGGAUGCGGCCGCCAUCUCCAGCUACACGCAGCAGCUCUUCCAGGCCAUGCAGAGAAUCUACGAUGCACAGAACGAGCUGAGUGCUGCCACCCACCUGACCUCCAAGCUGCUGAAGGAGUAUGAGAAACAGCGGUUCCCCCUAGGGGGCGAUGACGAGGUCAUGAGCUCCACUCUGCAGCAGUUCGCCAAGGUCAUCGACGAGCUCAGCUCAUGCCACGCGGUCCUGUCCACACAGCUGGCCGAUGCCAUGAUGUUCCCCAUCACGCAGUUCAAGGAGAGGGACUUAAAAGAGAUCCUCACUCUGAAGGAGGUGUUCCAGAUCGCCAGCGAUGACCACGACAUGGCCAUCAACAGAUACAGCAGGUUGUCCAAAAGACGGGACAAUGAGAAGGUGAGGUGUGAGGUGAUGGAGGAUGUGUACACCUCCAGGAAGAAGCAGCACCAGACCAUGAUGCACUACUUCACUGCCCUCAACACCCUGCAGUACAAGAAGAAGAUAGCCCUUCUUGAGCCACUGCUGGGAUAUAUGCAGGCACAGAUCAGCUUCUUCAAGCUGGGCUCAGAGAACCUGACGCAGCAGUGGGAGGACUUCCUGUCCACCAUCGGCACCAGCGUGCAGAAUGUGCGCAGGGAGAUGGAUGGAGAGGUGGAUGUCAUGCAGCAGACCAUCCAGGACCUGGAGCAGGCCAGUGACAUCCUCUACAUGCCUGACCCCGACCCCAGCAAGAUCCCCAUCAACCGCAACCUCACACGCAAGGCUGGGUACCUCAACACCCGCAAUAAAACGGGCCUAGUGUCCUCGUCCUGGGACCGGCAGUACUUCUUCUCCCAGGGAGGGAACCUGAUGAGCCAGGCGCGGGGCGACGUGGCGGGGGGCCUGGUCAUGGACAUCGACAACUGCUCCGUGAUGGCGGUGGACUGCGAGGACCGGCGCUUCUGCUUCCAGAUCACCUCCUUCGACGGGAAGAAAGUGGCCAUUCUGCAGGCGGAGAGUCGGAAAGAUUGUGAGGAGUGGAUUGCGACGAUUAACAACAUCUCAAAACGCAUCUAUCUGAGUGAGAACCCUGAGGAGAUUGCUGCUAGAGUCAACCAGUCCGCCCUGGAGGCUGUGACGCCCUCGCCCUCCUUCCAGCAGAGACACGAGAGUCUGCGGCCGAGCACGCAAGGCCGCCCCAGGGCGGCGCGCUCCAGCAGCCAGAGCUCGAUGGGCUGUGAGUCGCCCGCCCUGUCCUCCCUCUCCCUGGACUCCCUGGUGGCCCCCGACACGCCCAUCCAGUUCGACAUCAUCUCGCCCGUCAGCGAGGAGUACGCCAGCCAGGCCAAGAGCGGCGGGCAGGGGAGCAGAAGGACGAACCCAUUUGGAGAGUCUGGAGAGACGCCGUCUGAGGACAGUGAAGACUCCAUCCUGCACCAGCUCUACAUCGUGCGCUUCCUGGGCUGCAUGGAGGUGCGGGCGUCGGAGAGCGCCGACGUCGUCUACGAGACCAUGCGUCAGAUCCUGGCCGCGCGCGCCAUCCACAACAUCUUCCGCAUGACCGAGUCCCACCUGCUGGUCACCUGCGACUGCCUCAAGCUCAUCGAUCCACAGACGCAGGUGACACGAUUGAGGUUCCCCCUCUCCAGCAUAGUGCUGGUAGCCUCCCACCAGGAGAACAAGCGUCUGUUUGGCUUUGUGCUGCAGACGGCGGGGGGGCGGGCCGAUGGCCAGCCCGUCUCGGUCUGCUACAUCUUCGAGUCCAACAACGACGGCGAGAAGAUCUGUGACAGUGUGGGCUUGGCGAAGCAGAUCGCCUUCCACUCAGAGAUGGACCGCAGGGCCUCAGAGAAGCAGAAGGAGCUGGACAAGGCCAAAGAGAAACAGCAGGAGGAGCUGAGCAAACAGAAACAGAUUGAGAAGGACUUAGAGGAGCAGAGCCGUCUGAUCGCCGCCUCCGCGCGGCCCAGCCCGGCCGCCGCUGACGGACAGGUCCUGGUGCUGAGCAACAGCCAAUCGGAGGACAGCGACGCCGGGGAGGAGGGGCGGAAGAAGGGGGAGUCGGACGCCUGAUUGGAGCAGACUGAGCCGCAGGGGUGAGACCGGCCCCGCCCACGCGCGCACCCCCACCCUGUGACCCCCCCUGCAGGGCCUCUGCCUGCCCCAGCUGGGGCUCCACCACGCGAGAGGAAGGUCACCUCCAACCCCGGCCCCAAAACAAGAGAAGAAGAACAUAAACACUAUGAAAGAGGAAGUCUGAUGACUUUUGGACUCUGCCCUUUGAGCUUUCCAAGAAAAUUCCUCGCUUUGUAUAAAUCUUUUAUUUUGUACUGGCUUCUUUAUUCAGAAGAUAUACAUUUUAUAUAUAUAUAUGUGUAUAUAUAUAUGUGUAUGUGUAUAUAUACAUAUACAUAUAUAAAAUGUGCUUUUAGAGUAUAAUGUUUUAUAUAUAAAUCAAUGCAGAACUGAUAAACCACCGCAUACUAAAACAUUAAAAAAGAGAUGUAUGGAAUACUAAACCUAUCAGAGGGUGAUUGCACGUGUUAAUAACCAACACAUUUAUUAAGGACUUGCAAUGUAUGUUUAAUAAUGUACAUUUAAUUCAUUACUGUAUUCUCAGCUUCUGUUACAGUGUGAUUAUGUGAUUAACAAGUUUUGCAUGGGAUCUGUUGACCGAGGGGGCUACUGCAGGUCACGCUUUCCAUCACCGAUCUUGGUCUGGUCGCGCCAGUCAAACACGGGUCGGCUCGUUACCGAGUCCGGUUUGUGAGGAGCCCGCGGCUAAUGAGCAGUUUGAAGUACGUGGAGGAGAGACGCGCGUCUAAUUUAGACUUCCAAGGCGAGCAGGGGGAAUUGGCAUGAUGAUCUAACAGAUUUUCGAGAAUGAAAGCAUGGCAGGUUGUUGCUUUUUUAACCGGAGUGUAUACGCUGAGUCACCUACAUAAUAGUGCUUAUUCAAAUCUCAGCUGAGUCUGGCAGACCGCUCAGAAACCCUAAUCAAAAUACUGUGCCCAUAUGCCUUCACAUUUACUUUUAAAUAUGGAGAAUAUCGCCGUUUAUUUCCAACGGUCCCCGUUGUCAAAGCAGUUGUGAAAUCCUUUUUUUAUGCCUCACUGGUGUGUCUCGUCUGUCGAUUUUUGUCUGUGUAUGUAAAAUGAAAUUGGGAGUAUAUUUGCUUGUCAUCUGUAUGUAACACUUACUACUCUGCUCCAGUUCUCUGUGCCAUCUCCACGCCAUCGUGCUCCACUUUAAACUGGUGUGGAUAUUUGCAAUUGUUUAAAUGUGUACAUUGAUCACACGAUCACAGGAAUCUCCCCAAAAGCCCAGGAUAUAUUCAGAGUUUUCAUUUGGAGGCUUUGAGCUGGUAUUGAACAUCUGAGGAAGCCUCUUCUCCAGUCAGGAAGUUAAAUAUAAAAUGUUACGUUUCAUUCUCACGUGAGGGAAAGCGGGAAAAGAGAACCUUUUCUCUUUUUUGCUUGCAGUUUUCCCUUGCUUCACCCACAGAAUUAUCUGCGUGUAAGUUUUCUUCGAGUUAGUGGGCCAAAUGAAUGUCAGUCGCACUCAGAGGGCAUAAUUUAGCAGGUUUUCUUUUUUUUUACCCUAAAACGCUAAUUUUGUUCAUAUCCCAAAAUUUGACGCCCCCGUACAACAGAUGCCACAUUACAAUUGAACGUGAUGUCUCUCGUUGAGUCGUGAGGAAUUGAAAAUAUGUCCACUGAGUGCAUGCAUCUCUGUGACUUGGCUGAAAUAUGUUUACCGUGUUAUUCAUUUCCAUUUCAUUUUCAUACUUUAGGAAAAUUCUGUUUUCAUGGUACACCCAUUGCAUCGACGUGAAACCCCUGUAGGCCUACUUUUUUUUUUUUUUGCAUUUAAUAUGAGCAGCUACAUGUUCGAGGAUGAGAUUUCCUGCUACAAUGUAAGAGGACUGCAAAUUAGAAUUUACUUUCAAAUAGAACAAAUAAAUGAUAAGACUGAGUAAGUGUGAAUAUCUCAAGAUUAUCCUGAAGUGGACUGUCUCUGCUUUAAUUGAUUGGCAUGAAACAACGGUGAAGGAGUAGAGGUUAGUUAAAGUUUAUGGGGGAACUGCACUUUAGUGUUAUAGGACAAGGAGUUGAUGUUUUCUUAAAAUGUUUACUGUAUAUACAUCGGUGAUUCUUGUGGCAGUUAAAGCAAAGAUAACUUUUUAAAAAUGCCUAAAGAUCUUUUAAAAAUAAAUGUACAGCAUUGGAA